AUGUCAGACAACAUAGAUGAGGACAAGAAACGGGACGAGAAGGUCUAUGGAGGAAUUGAGGGUCCCAAUUCGCAGUACGUCAAAUUAAUCUCCUCAGAUGGUCAUGAAUUUAUUGUCAAAAGAGACCACGCUCUCACUUCUGGAACUAUCAAAGCCAUGUUGAGUGGUCCUGGUCAGUUCUCAGAACAUGAAAACAAUGAGAUCAACUUUAGAGAGAUCCCGUCUCAUGUCUUACAGAAAGUCUGCAUGUACUUCACCUAUAAAGUGCGCUAUACAAACUCAUCCACGGAAAUCCCAGAGUUCCCGAUCGCCCCAGAAAUAGCAUUGGAACUACUCAUGGCUGCAAAUUUUCUUGAUUGCUAA